CCCAACUACUACUCUGCACUAAUAAAUCCCCAUCGGCCACCUGCGCGCCUCGCCAAGCGCCAAGCGCCUGGCGCCUCGACUCCCGCAGCUAGUCUGCAUCCGGUUAGUCUCCCCGACUGCCGCGUUCGAGAUCGCCCCCAUCACGUGCACGCUCCGCCCGGUUCGUGGUCUUGCAACGAUCCACCGCCUGGGAGCUUUUGUAUAGCCAUCGCUGCUGGUCGAGCAUGCGCUGGUCAUGUCGUCGCGUUUCCCCCCGUCUUCUGGGUUCAAUCCCCGCGACCGUUCGCCCCAGCGUUUCGGGGACCGCCGCCCGUCCGCCCAUGUCCCCUCGGGCCCUCGGGGCUCCGAUGAUGCCAACUCGAUUCCCCUAGGCAGAGAACCGCCGCGGGGCCCCAAGGCUCUGAUCGACUCCUCCAGAGGUGGCUUUGGCGGCCGCGGGAGAGGAUAUCCUCCUCGCGCUGAUUUUAGGGACCGCGACCGCGAUCGUGACAGGGACAGAGAUCGCGAUCGCGACUUUCGAGAUCGCGAUGGCAGAGACGGGCCCCCCUUCCGACGAGACAUUGAGCGCGACUGGGGCCGACGAGACCGUGAUUUCGAUGCCCGCGACAGCCGAAUUGGAUUCGGCCGCGGUCGCUCACGCUCUCCCGCCAGAGAUUUCCGUGAUGCGCGAGAUCUCCCGGGACGGGAGAUAGAUAUACCCCGGCUACGCCGCAACUCUCGCGACAGCUUAGUUUCAACCUCCUCGAAUGCCCCAGACGGCCCUGCAGUAGGUAUUGGCCAUCAUCCACGGAAUGGACCCCCUGGCCGGGGUCGUGGUCGCGGUGAUUGGGAUGGCGGACGCGGCCGUGGGCGAGGUCCAUACCUCGACGACCGCGACAGCUUCCGCCGUCGUAGUCGCUCCCGGGAGGGCCGAUGGGAGCGAGACCUCCCACCGCGCGAUCGAGAUCGAGACCGCCCCCUGGAACGAGAGCGGCCUAUAGACCGGGAGCGCCCGUUGGAACGAGAACGUCCCCUGGAUAGAGAACGUCCACUCCUCGAUCGGGAUCGCGACCGCGACAUUAGGGAGCGGGACCGGCUGGUUGAUCGAGAUCGAGAUCGAGACCGUGACCGGGACCGGGACCGAGACUUCGAUCGCCGUGACCGUUUUGAGAGACGUGACGAUGACAGACGACUGGAACGGGACGAUCGGGAACGACCGUCUGAUUUCCCCAAGAGGGAACGUCCGCCUAGCAGGACCGAAAAUCGGAUCCCCAGUGGUUCGACGGUCACUUCAAUGUCGAAUGUGACGCCUUCUUCACUCGUUGUGCCGCCGCCAAAUACUGACAGGAUCGCUGAACCCUUUGUCAAAGACCAACUGCGAAAGCCGUCCGGGUCCUUAGGACCGGCUCCUAGGGAUGCCCGCCGUGAUUCAGAGCGAUCUGACAUUGCUCCUUCUCGACCUGAGGCUACCAAAGAGAUUCCCGUUCCUAAACGGUCUCCGCCUCCUUCUGCUCCCCAAGUGCCGGCAUUCGGAUCUGUUUCUGUGCCAUCCCAAGCUCCUCCAGCAGAGAAGCUUCCCCAGGGCCCAUUGCCGCACACGACACCUCCAUCCUCCAAACCCGAGAAAAUUCGAAAUGAACCGCCUGCUCCGACGGGGAUACAGCCUCCCACAGGACCCAAGGCGGAACGAGCUGAGUUGCAGCACCAUCCGGACUUUCGUUCCCGGCGUGAAGAGAUCCCUACCCGCCCGGGUAAACCGCCCGUUUUGUCUUCCAAAGCAGGCCCUGAUAUCUCUCCACCGACUGCACCUGCUGCCAUGGCCGCUAGAGAGCCCGCUAGUCAUGCGGAAGCGGUACCAACCGGCAGACCAGGAUCAUCACCGGUCUCCCAGGGAUUUGGGAAGGGCCCACCGUCCGGUGGACGUGCCGUCUCUCCGGGGCCCUUAACGUCUCCCCGGAUGCCAUUUUCCAGCGUUCCCACGGGGCCUCGUGCAUUGCAGCGAUCUGCCAUUCCCAGAGGGCCACCCAAAGCAAGCAAGCAGUGGGUGCGACCAGGUUAUACACGCGCGCCUUCCGUUGGAAGCGCUGCUCCUCCACCACCGAGACGGGACUCCUUCGAAGACAGCCAUCGUGCACGACCCGCGAGCGAGGAGUCAAGGCCAGAGCGACGCUCUCCCCCAGAAGUCGUGGAGAAACAACCCCGGAACGCCGAUCAACCUGUCAAACCGGAGACAGAAGAGCCGUUGCUGCCAGCUGAGGCACCAAGACCAGAAGCAGCUACUAAAGUGACCGAGAGUGACGUUAGGGAGAAGGAGGAGCAGGAGCAGGAGCAGGAGCAGCAGGAGGAGCAGGAGAAGGAGAAGGAGAAGCGGAAGAAGGAUGUGGAGGAUGCUGUUGCGGAAGGAGAAAAAUCCCAGGCUGCUGAAGAGCAGCAGGCGCCUUUGAUACCCGACUUUACUCGAUCAAGCGACGAAGAUGAAGACGAGAAUGUCUUCACUGAGGAAUAUUUGAAUGAAAGAAAGGCGAUCUUCGAGAAAGACAUGCGUGCCUUACAGGCUGAGCUGCCACCCCCGCCACUGGAAGAUCCUAUCAUUGUCGAGCUACUACUCAAGAUCCAGCUGCUUGGCAUGAUUGCCGACGGGGCUAUUCCGGGAGAGCUGGAGGAGCCAGUCUCUGCUAUGGAUGUCGAUAAAGCUGUUGAACAGCCUGCUACCGUUCCUUACAAAGAAGAGAAUGGCGUCGAGGAGAAGUUACCUGCUGAGGAGCAUGUGACACAUGUAGUUGGUGGUCUCGAUAAGAUUUCUAUCGCAAGCCUGCCUUUCCUGAACUCAGGACCGCCGACGCCUCUGUCGGAUUUAGAGGUAUUUCAGGAGAAUAUCAAGACCCACGAGCGUUUUAAAGAGACUCUACGAGAGGAGCUGGCGAAGCAGAAGAAGCUGACAGCGCAAAAGAAUGCGGAGCUGCGAGAGGAAUACAUCGCUCACUACAAACCAUGGAGGUUGGAAGUCUACGAACUUGAUCGCCAGCAGAAGAAGAAGGCCCUGACCCCUGGCAGUACAACACCUCCUGAGGCCAUUCCGGUCCCUGAAGGAAGACGCCACAAGGGUAACACCGAACUUGAUUUCCAGAACGCUCUCAAAGCCUCGGCUAUCUCUGCUCAGCAGGAGCUGGAGCGACGGCGAGAGAUGGAAGCCACCGCCAAACCGGAUCUGACGCGCGAGGCUGAAAUCCCCGACAUGUUGGAACCCCACGAGAAGAAGGCCAGUGUCUAUCAAGAUACAAAUAAUAUCGUCGACCCAGCUGAUGCCUUCGAGGUAUUCUCAUUUUAUCCGCCACCAGACGAUUUCACUCCUGAAGAGCACAAAGCAUUCACCGAUGCCUUCAUGGCCUAUCCCAAGAAGUGGGGCAAGAUCGCAGAGGAGCUGCCGGGCAGAGACUUCCAGCAAUGUAUCAUGCACUACUAUCUCACAAAGGAGGAGAUCAAAUACAAGGCCAAACUGAACAAGCGCUGGACGCGGAGGGGACGUGCCAGGAGGUCCACGCGGAACCCCAAGUCGAACGCUCUCAUGGCCGACCUCGGCGUUGUGAAACCAGAGGACGGAGAGGAGGAAACUCCAGCCGUGACGGACACUGGACGUCCACGGCGAGCCGCUGCUCCAACCUUCGGUGAAUCCUCCGCCGACAACGAUCAUGGCUCUGGACGACGCGGCCACGCGAAGGAUGGCGAUACCGAAAAGCCAACGAGGCGAGGAGGUCGCACCGGGCCAGGCUCCCGAGGUGGACGCCGAGGGAAGGCGGCGCAGCAGCAACAGCAGCAACAACACCAACAACAGCUGGAGAAACAGCAGCAGGAGAAAUCAGAAAAGCAACCACCAGUGCCUUCUCCUUCUGGUGCACCGAUCCAACCGCUUGUUAUCGCUCAAGCUGCACCCGUUCCGAAGCCCGAGCUGGAUAGUUCGAUGGAUGGUGCUGGUGAGCUCGCCGCGCUGCGCGCAAAGGACCAACAUAUUGCCGAGAUCAAGUCUUCGAGGACGAGAGGGAAGGAGAAUAUGCAUGUGGGGGAUACAAUCGAGCCGGAUUCUGUGGUUACGAAGGCAGCGUCCGACAUGGGUUAUGGAUCGUUGCAACCUACCAGUUACUGGUCCGUGCCUGAACAGCGGGACUUCCCCGUGCUUCUCGCACACUUUGGCAAGGACUUUGAGGGAAUCUCGAACUCCAUGAAAACGAAGACGACGAUCAUGGUCAAAAACUAUUUCCAGCGUAAAGUCGAUUCCGGCCACAAAGAAUUUGAAGAGAUUGUUCAAAUUGCGGAGGGCAAGAAAAUGCGAGGCGAGCCCACCGGGCCUCUGCCUGUGCCCAGCGUGGCCCCCAAGAGGCGGUAUGAAGCUACGCCAUCGGCUGUUGCUCCCCGCCCGCUGGCACCGCACACGGAGGUCCUUGAGCCAGAGGAGAGUCGCUUUGCGUCCAAAGGAAAACCCCUCGCCCCGUCUCUGGUGUCGUCUCAACCACCUCAGGUCCAUGCUCGAGCUCCAGCAGAGAAGGACCGAAAUAUUGCUCGAUAUCCGCCUCUCGCCCAGGCAGCCAGCGGCGGCCUUGUUGCAUCCCCGCUGCUCGGCGAGGAGCCCCCGAGGGCGAUCCGACCUCAUGCUACACCAGCACCACGGCCACAGCAAGGGCCCCGCGUGGGAUAUUUCUCUGAAGAACGCAGAGACCCCCGUGCCACCGUCGUCGGGGCCCCGCCGCCUCGACCGAUGGAAAUACAGGCUCCGCAGCGAGUGACUUCAGUACCGCCUCAAGAGAUGGCCCGGAUAGAGCCCUUGCACACAUCCAAUAUACGGCAGCGGACCAUUCCCCCGCCAUCAGAAGUUCACGGCUCGCCGCUACUGCCACCCCAGGCUAGCCUCCCCUCUGCUCAAGCGGCCUAUAUGCAGGUUCCUCCAGCAUCCCAGGGGGGUUCACAUUCCCGGCAUGCCAGCUUGACCACAGCGCCUAGUUCUCCUGCGCAGCCGUUCCAGAGAAACGAGCCAGAUUUCUCCCCCGUGCGUCGUGAUUCCUUUGCCCAAAGGCCGUAUUAUCCGAUCCAUGGACAGUAUGCCGGUGCUCAGCAGCCUCCCCCCAUUCUAUCGCCGUCCAAGGAGGCUCCUCGACCGAGCUCAACUCCUGCACAGACUGCUGAACCUCCGCGCCAAGUUCCCGCUAAGCGGUCCAAUAUCAUGAAUAUUCUGAAUGACGAGCCCGAAGAACCUCAACCACGGAAACGCUUUGCUAGUGACCAGGCGGCUAGUGCACCCAGCUACAGUGUGCCUUCCCCGCGGCCAGCCUAUAUGCCACAACCGAGUGUCCAGACUCGACAUGAGGAAGCACCCAUGCCGAGCAUGCAGGUGAAGACGCCCUACCUUUCAACCAGUCAACAGCAGGCAGUUUCGCAGCAACCGCAAUUACAGUCACGCUCGUACUCGGAUUACCAAGGAUAUUCAUCCAUCCCUGGACCAAGCAGCGGCCCAGUGAAUCAUGAGUGGAUGGCGAGAUUCGACCCCAGAGGUCAACAGCAGCAGCAGCAGCAGCAGCAGCAACAACAACAACAACAACAGGUUGAUUCUCCAGCAUCGCGUGCUUCGGUAGCAUCCGCGCCUCAAUCAGCGUUUGCAUCCUAUCCAGCUGCUUCCCAACCUGUCUCCAGCAUGCCAAACGUCGUGUCCCAGGCAUCUGUUCCUGCUCCUCCCCCAACUCCUUCGCAGCGUCAUGCCCAUCAGCCCGUGUUCCCCGCCCCCGUAGCUCCCCAUCCUCAAAGCGCGGCCCUUCCAAGUGUCCUCUCUUCGUCGCGCGAGCUGCCGCCUCAGACUCAUUCUUACCGUCAGUCGAUCGGCUCGCCCACCCCGCGGAAUGGUGUCAUAUCUGGGUAUGGUAACCGGCAGGGACCGCCUACACCUGUGCAGUCACCAAUGAAUAUCCCACCGCGUCAGUCCUCCGGAUCCUAUGCUCCCUCCCCACAGCCGACUGUCAUGCACCAGAUGGGACAUCAGCCACAACAUGGUCCCGGAAGUCAUCAGACGUAUCAACAGCACGUCCAGGCCAUGGUGAGUGGAGCACUCCAGCAGCAAGCGCCACCUCAAGGUCAGCGAUCGGCUCUUGGUUUGGGUACUCCUGGGAUGUCGCAAUACGGCGGUAGCACGCCGCCAGUGUCGACACAGCCGCUUACAACGACAACAAGUCUUCCUGGGCCACAGUCCUUGAGCGGCAGACGGCCAUAUACUCCGCCCGCAGCGAUGCAUCCGGCUCCCACACCAUCACUAGGAGGUCUUGGAUAUCCUGGUGGUGUUCCUCCAGGCCCUGGUUCUCUGCACCACCUCCCACCGCGCCAUCCGGCUGAGCCCAGCGGGCCUCCUCCCCCGGGUCAUCACCGCGCGUAUAGCCGAGGAUCUAAUCCUGGCUCUCUUCCUGGACAAAGAUGAGAUUAUUUCUCGUCGUUAGCGGUUUUCCCCGAGAUCAUGCGUUGCGCUGGUUUCGUUUAAUAAGGAGGUAAAUCUUUGAUUUUGUCCGCGGCAGGCCGUAACCUCACAAGUCCCCCUUCUUCAGAUUACAUAUCAUGCUUAUUCUUUUUGAUUACUGUACAAAAUAUUCGAGUACUGCAUCUGCCUCUUUUAUGUACUUUAGAGUCACGUUCUGACCUCUUACGUCUUCAUCUUCUCUUUUGUCACCAACGCUAGUAUGUCAGUCGCGAAAUCUAAUGAUGAAUGUGGAAUGGCCUUGACUUUUUCUCCCCUUCUAUCCUAUAUAACUAGACCAUUAUUUGGCGUUGUUGCAUGUCUUCGAGGGAAUACAAGAGAGAGAUUCUUCAUUUCCAUUGGCCAUAAUUACUAAUCCGUAUCCAUCGGAGAAUCCUCUGGACGGAG